UCGCGGCAACCGGCUGGCGCGAGGCUGCAGCUGGAGCCCUGCUGCCGGGACUUGGAGUUGCCAGGAGUUUCCCCGACCCCUCCCUCCUCGCCGCGCGGCAGUAGGAGCCCCGCGCGCGCGGGAGCGGCGAGCAGCCAGCAGCCAGCAGCCGAGCCGGGCCAGCCUGCUCCGCAGCCCCGAUCUCUCUCUGCGCGGGGCAGCCGCGGGGGAGCCGUGUCUCCGGUUGGGUUGGGACGCGUGCCGAGCACUAGGUACCGCCCGAGCACGAGCCAGGCUGCACGAAAAUUGCCUGCGUGCCCUCCUUGUUUGCUCUACAAUGAGUGCCAAAUCUGCCAUCAGCAAGGAAAUUUUUGCACCUCUUGAUGAAAGAAUGCUGGGAGCUGUCCAAGUCAAGAGGAGGACAAAGAAAAAGAUUCCUUUCUUGGCAACUGGGGGUCAAGGAGAAUAUUUAACUUACAUCUGCCUAUCAGUGACAAACAAGAAACCCACACAGGCAUCUAUCACGAAGGUCAAACAGUUUGAGGGCUCCACAUCAUUCGUCCGUAGAUCCCAGUGGAUGCUUGAGCAGCUUCGCCAGGUUAAUGGUAUCGAUCCUAAUCGGGAUUCUGCAGAGUUUGAUUUGUUGUUUGAAAAUGCCUUUGACCAGUGGGUUGCUAGCACGGCCUCAGAAAAGUGCACCUUCUUCCAGAUCCUCCACCACACCUGCCAGAGGUACCUCACAGACAGGAAGCCAGAGUUUAUUAACUGCCAAUCCAAAAUUAUGGGAGGAAACAGCAUCCUCCAUUCGGCUGCUGAUAGCGUGACCAGUGCAGUACAGAAGGCAAGCCAGGCCUUGAAUGAGCGCGGGGAACGGUUAGGCCGAGCAGAAGAGAAGACAGAAGACAUGAAGAACAGUGCUCAGCAGUUUGCAGAAACCGCACACAAGCUUGCCAUGAAGCACAAAUGUUGAGAAGCUGCCUAUCCUCUAAAGCAAAUGGAAGAAUUUGUUCAGCGGUGAUUACGAGAAUUCAAGACUGCUGCUUCUUUCUUUUUGUUUUGUUGGUUGGCUGGUUGGUUGGUUUUUCCAGUAUCUGGACACUGAGUGACUUUGAUUUUUCAUCUUCAGUUGUCAAUAUGAAUGAAAAUGUGUUGUGUUUAUACAUUUCCCUAUCUUGCCAAGAAAUGCUGCAAUAGCGUCAGCCUCAUUUUUAUUUUUCCAUUUGUGUGUGUGUAUGUGUGUGUUUUCCUUUUGAAAGAAAAUUGUUUUGUAGUUUGAAUAUGAAAUUCAGACUAAAUGAUAAGCCAGGUUUAAACUAGCAAAAUGUAUUUUUUCUCCCUCUGAAACUAAGCAACAAAACAGUUGAAUAUGCUGGCAUUACACAAUGGUCCUGGGUAAAAUUUAAAGUCAUUCAGUGGUUUCACUUACUUUUCUACAUUUCUUAAUUUGAAGAGCAAAAUUAAAAUUCGGUAUCUUGGGACUUAAGCCUGUGCUACGGAAAAGAGCAGUAUUGGAUUUUUCUCUUUACAUAUUAAUCUUUUUGCAUGAAACAUCACUGGCAUUCAUAAAACAAAUCAGAAUCACAAAUAGAAAUCUACUUUCUGGGAUGAAGCAUAAACAUUUCUGCUCCUUCUUUCCAGUCUGAUUAGUUGGAAUUAUCAUAUGAAGGAUAAAAAUUUGAGUGUAAAGCCCUAUAGAAAAGCCUACUUUAAAAUCUCUGUGUCUUCAUGGAUGUUUCUCUCUUUUGUAAUCUUCCUAAAUUAUAGUAGCUGACAUGGAGGGACUUAUAUUUCUAACAAAAAUAAUUUAUCCAGGGUCAUUGAGGUAGCUCAGUGGAUGACGGUGCUUAUAGCAUAACCCUGGUGACCAGAUGCCACAGAGUUCAUCUCUGACCUCCACAUGUGUCAUGACACACCAUAUCAAACUCAUACACAAAUAAACAAUAAUAGUGAAUAAAGUAAAAUAAAAAUAAAUUAUUUGUCUAGAUAAAAGUCUACAUAUAUUAUACUGUGAAAAGAUACUACUUUCUUUUCUCUCUUUUUACAAAGCAAUGCCUAAUGUCAGAGGCACUCUCACACUAGCCUUGGGAAAGGACCUUUGGUUUCUUCGUAUCUGGGUUUUGGAUAUUGUUUUUGUUUCCAGUUUAUUUUGUGUCGUUUAACAUGUGCUUCUUGACAGAUUACAUGUUUGUCAAUUUGGACUUGCCUGUUCUGGUACAGACAGGAUGGUUACAAGCCUUUGUGUUGCUGUCAGAUUGAACAGAAGCUCUUCCGUACUUUUUGGAUUCUGUGUUGUUCAAGGUAACACUACACUUAGACUGUGGAAGUUUUGUUUUCUGAACGGAUAAAAGCUAAACAUAAAAAUAAACCCUAUGCUUGUCCCUCAUAAGGCAAUGAGGCAAGCUACAUAUACCAGAUACUCACUGCAAUGCAUGGAGUUUUCAGCUGCCUGGGUCUUCGGGACCUGUUUUCUUUUUUCCUAUGCACCAAGUCACCUGUUUUUGUGUGAUGUAGCCUCUGCGGCAGCAGCAUAAGAUGACUUUAGAUUACUAAUGCUGAUUUAAAUCGCUUAAAUUCUCCUAAUAAUGCAUCCCAGGGAAAGAGCACACUGUCCUUGGAAUAAUAACAUGGGUAUGGUGUCGGGAGGAUGGGAUUUGCUGCAAAAGAGUUUGUGAAUCCUCUUGGGCAGACAGUCCAGUGAAAUAAUGCACUACAACAUGUAUAUUGUGGAAGAUGAAUGUUCAUGAUAUCUUAUACUUUUCUUUCACUGUCUUAACAUUUUAAAGAAGCCAGGAACCUGCCAUCAGCUGAUUAUUGGAACUAUCUGAUUUCUAAAAAGAUAAAAAUAAAAAUCCCCCAAGUAUCAUUCCAAACCGGUUUCAUUUGUAGACUUUAUCUCAGGAAACACACAUACUCUUCUUCCAAAACUGGAUCCCAGGCUCACAGAGGUGGUAUAAAUAGUUGAGGGAAGGAAUCUCACUUUCCCCACACAACUCAAGAGUAAAAUUGGUUGUCUGCUACCUGCCAACAGCUUUAUGGCAGCUGUUUCUGAAGGGACAGAGAGUGAGGCCAUGUGCAUUCUGUGAAAGCUGGGUCUUCCUCCUCGGCAUAAUUCUUGUAGUUGCUUUUUACAAGUGUAAGUGCCCUUCACAUGCUAUCUUCUUGUUCUCUCUGUUGAUCACCUUAGGCCUAAGUCCUGUUAGAAAUAGCCUAAACUGGAAGAAGCUUACCUGGAGCUUUGGCUUUCCAGGCCAUCACCAUAACCUUGACCUAUGGUGAAUCUUGCUGUCCUCCACCACACACGGGCUAUAACAGCCACUGCUGCCCCUCGACAACCAUCCAACCUCAUUCGGAGAAGCCCCUGAGAGCACACAUGAGAUUCAUUGCUAUCCUUUGGUAGAAAGUACUGCAUUGGGAAAUAUUAAUUCAGUCUGACCCACAGAAAUUUGCUAAGAGGACUCCAGGCAUUUGGGACCAAGUCAUUUGGUUGAGCUUGAUAGAAGAUUUUUGGAAAUGCUAUCUUUCUCUGAAGGACUUUGAAAAUUGUAUUGACAAUGCAUAAAGAAAAGGAGCUUGUCAGUGUCUCUGCUUCUUCCUGGAAUGUAGCUGUAGAGUUUUUCACUGGAGUGAGUACUUAUCCAUGUACAGGAACUAUGCAUUAUUCAGGUUGAUGCUUCAUUUUAAAGAAUGUACUUGUAGAAUGUAACAAGAUCUGUAGCUAACUUCUUCUAAGGUCUGAUAAAAGUAAGAUUAUGUGUUAGGCUUAAAAUUAUAGUGAAAUCUGUCUUAUAUUAUUGUGGCUAGCAAAGGUUAUGCAUUUAUGUAGAAACUUUAACAGAGUCCCCUAAAUAGGAGAAACUAGCUGAGAUAGGUUUCACUCCUAACUUUCAGAAUUGUGAUGCUGUCAAUGUGUGUUGUUCUUGGCUCCUCAGAAAUUCUCUCUGACAUUUGAGCGCCAUUUUUUUGUUGCAUUUGGAGACGAGUAACAGCUGUUCUGUUGGUUCACUGUUACAGCAGCUCAGAUUUUGUCAUUAAAUAUUUUAAUUCUGUGGUGAAA